AUGCAGAACUGCUUUCUGAUGUACUCUUUGGCUCGAGCUCAUAAAAGCCAGCCCUUGCUUCGUGCCAUGGUGAAACUCCUCACCCAAAACUUUGAGAAGCUCUUUGAGCAUCAGGGCUUCCUCCAGUUGGACCUCAGUACACUUGUGGCCCUGAUAUCUUCCAACGACCUUGCCGUUUCUUCUGAGCUUAAAGUCUACCAGGCUGUGCGGCGCUGGGUGAGCUUCCAGCCUGGCAAGCGCAGUCUGCACCUCGGCGAACUGAUGCACCAUGUCCGAUUUCCCUUCUUCAGUGCCAAAGAGCAGAUGGAAGUCCAGAGAGACUCGGAGAAAUGGGGCGAUCUUCAGCUCAAAUGCAAGCAGCUGGGUGGCCAGGAGAGGUUGCGUGAAGCAGGCAGGCUACGUCAGGGGAUGUGCAAGCCACACAUCCUGUUAAUUGAUAACCAGAUGUGUGAGUACCAAGAUACUGAAAGUGAAGAUGCCUACAUGGCCUGCUUUGACCCUCAAGCUGAAACAUGGGAAAGGCUCCCGGGCUUGCAAUGCUUGACACAUGCUUGCUGUGCAUCGGACAGCAACAAGAUCUACAUUUCUGGAGGGGUCUGCAGAAAUUCUUAUUCAUCUGCUGUGUAUGAGUUUGAUUCCUUCAGAUGCCAGUGGGUGGAACUCCCGUCCAUGGCCACCCCCCGGUCUGCACAUGGUUUCCUCUUCUACAACCGGAGGCUCUUUGCCGUGGGAGGCUGGUGCCAAUUCCAAAGUUUUCUCGACUCGGCCGAGAGCUUCGAUCUCGAGACAGGCAAGUGGAAUGCGAUCGACAAACUUCCAUUUGCUCUGAGCCACCCAGCAUCGAGCGUGUUCCGGAACAAAUUGUACUUCCUGGGCGGAGCAACAGGCAUUGCAAGGAACUGGGUGUUUCACAGAGGGAUUCUGGUUUACGAGACCGCCUCUGGUGCUUGGACUCAGGUGCCUCUUUCUUCCGGGUUCCUCGCUGCUGGGGCAGUGGCCGUGGACAAUGGAAUUUAUGUCAUUGGGGGAUUCUCUGAGAGGAAACCUCGGGACUCAGUCGAAGUGACUUUGGUCUCUGAGAACCGUCUCACUACUCGGAAGUGUCUCCUUGUCAAUGAGGCUGGCCAAGUGAAUCACCAGGUGAGCCUCCCAAAACUACCCCGAGCGGUAGCCAAUGCAGGUGUAGUCUGCUGCAACAAUCGGAUCUAUGUCUUGGGUGGGGAAGAUUUAGCGCAGCGCUACAAAUCCAUUUAUCACUGGGAACCUGGUGAACCCCAUUGGCAUCGAUGCGGAAUAGAUAUUCCGGUCCCCCGUGGAGGCAUAAGCAGGUUUGGGUGUGCCAUUUUGAUGAGACCCAAACCCCACAUUCUUCAGCUUUUCCAAAAAACAUCACGUGUUCUUCUGGCAGCAGUCUGCAAGUAG